AUGGCGGGGAAGGCGGCCGCGGCCGGCGCCGGGGUGCUCCUGGUCACCGCCAACGUGGGGUCCCUCUUUGACGAUCCAGAAAAUUUACAGAAGAAUUGGCUUCGGGAAUUUUAUCAGGUUGUCCAUGCACACAAGCCCCAUUUCAUGGCUUUACACUGUCAAGAAUUCGGAGGGAAGAACUACGAAGCUUCGAUGUCCCAUGUGGACAAGUUUGUGAAAGAGCUGUUAUCAAGUGAUGCAAUGAAAGACUACAACAGAGCUCGAGUUUAUCUGGAUGAGAACUAUAAGUCACAGGAACAUUUCACGGCUCUAGGAAGUUUUUACUUUCUUCAUGAAUCUUUGAAAAACAUCUACCAGUUUGAUUUUAAAGCUAAGAAGUAUAAAAAGGUUACUGGGAAAGAAAUCUACUCUGACACUUUAGAAAGCACACCCAUGCUGGAAAAAGAGAAGUUUCCACAGGAUUAUUUCCCUGAGUGCAAGUGGUCCAGAAAAGGUUUCAUUCGAACAAGAUGGUGUAUUACUGAUUGUGCCUUUGACUUGGUAAACAUUCAUCUUUUCCAUGAUGCUUCCAAUUUAAUUGCUUGGGAAACAAGCCCAUCGGUUUACUCAGGAAUACGGCAUAAGGCUCUUGGCUAUGUACUUGAUAGAAUUAUAGAUCAGCGGUUUGAGAAAGUUUCGUAUUUUGUCUUUGGAGAUUUCAACUUUAGACUGGAUGCCAAAGCAGUCGUAGAGACACUAUGUGCAAAGGCCACAAUGCAGACCAUCCGGGCAGCUGACACAAAUGAAGUAGUCAAGCUAAUAUUUCGUGAAUCUGAUAAUGACCGAAAGGUUAUGCUGCAAUUAGAAAAGAAGCUCUUUGACUAUUUUAAUCAAGAUGUAUUUAGAGACAACAAUGGCACUGCGCUUUUAGAAUUUGACAGAGAGCUGUCAGUCUUUAAAGACAGAUUGUAUGAACUGGACAUCUCAUUUCCUCCCAGUUAUCCCUACAGCGAGGACUCUAGCCAGGGAAGGCAGUACAUGAAUACGAGAUGUCCAGCCUGGUGCGACAGAAUCCUGAUGUCCCACUCAGCCAAGGAACUCAUUCUGAAAUCAGAAAAUGAUGAGAAGAUAGUAAUAUAUGACCACAUUGGGCCAAAUGUCUGCAUGGGGGAUCACAAGCCUGUGUUCCUGUCCUUUCGAAUAGCUGCUGGGGCAGGUAAACCUAUUGCAAAUGUGCACAAGUGUUGUGUCGUGCAGUGAUGUGGUGGAAAAAGAUGCCUACGAGGUGAGAAGAUUUUCCGUGAAACCACACUGUAGCCAGGAGGGAAGGCAGCACACUGAAAUCUGUAAUCCUAACAGCUGUAUUGAUAAAUCCAGUUCUGAGUGCC